AUGGAGAAACAUGAUCUUCUCCUGAUCGUCGACGCGACGGCGUCCAUGACAAACUAUCUCGCAGCUCUGAAUACAUCUCUGCCCCAGAUCAUAUCCAUAUCAGCACUUACUGGGUGCUUUUCGCGCGUCGGGGUCCUGGCAUACCGCGACUACUCCAGCUUCGGAAUUCUACUGGAAUUCUCAGAAUGGCUGGACCUCGAGUCUGGUGCAGAUCCUGAAAAGCAGCCGGAUAUCGUGGCGUUCGCGAGGAAGCUACAGGCCAGGGCCGGCGGGGACUACCCCGAGGCAGCGAAGACAGCCCUAGCUCAGGCCUAUUCAUCCAUGCGACCAGAUGCAAAGACGUUAAUUCUUUUCUACACCGAUGCUCCGCCUCAUACCAAUGCCCCUGGCCUCCAUUGGAAGAGCAAUGCCCAGGCGGAGAUGAAUGGGCUGUCGGUGUCGUUCAAGUACGGCGGAUUCGGGUCCUUAUUCCUCGACUGGGUCUCUGCUGCAAAGACUCUACGUGAUGGCCAGAACAACGCCCAGGUUUUUGCACUUCUAGCGCCGCAUAUGGCUCGAGACGACGCCACCUACUACAACUAUCUGUGUGAAAUGACCGGUGGUGCUUGUAUUCACCUGGUGGAUCGGGAACCAGGCACGAUCUCAAAGGCAUCCGUAGAGCUGCUUCUGGCAUGGAUGGGUGUCGAGAAGGACAACGGCGACAGGCACAAUCCCGACUUUGAUGCGAUUGGUGACUGGACUUCCUACGUUUCCACGGAGGGGAUGCACGCCCUCAAGGACGAGGAAGACGAGAACACCCGUCGAUUCUUCCCUGUUCCUUACACCCGGAAGACCAACGUGCUGGAUAACAUCGCUGAAGUGCGUCUGACCACGGACGUCAUCAAGCAGCGUCUGCCCAAGAAGUCCACACCUGCGCAGAACCCGGCGGAUCGAUGGGCUGUCGACGAGGCCUACCGGGACGUUGCCUCACAGCACUUGAUGCGCAUAAUGAAGGAGGACAUCGUUGCUAUUGCUAUCAACCCAGUCUUCGGCUCGCUGUGGAGGGCUGUUUGCAAGGACAAGACAUACGAUAAGCGAGAGGACCUUCUUGAUGCAUUCAGUAAGGCAGUCGGAGAAAUCACUGACGAAAAGAAGAAGGCACUGAUGCAGGAGUGGCUGGACGAGUCGUAUAACUUCAUUUCAGAAAUCCAGGCUAUCAUUGACAAUGUACCUGAAGCCGAGAAAUUCCCCUGCGUCUUCCUGGAUCCGACGGUGAACUUCAACAAGUAUCAGGACGAAAAUGAUACAGAUGCACCCAUUGAGAGUCUCACGAGAAAAGAGCUCCUGGAAAUCUCCAGAUCUUGCGACCCUCGCAUCCUGCGUCGUCUCGGCCGUAUUCUGACCCGAAUCACCUACGUUAAGGACGCUAAAGACAUGCCAGAGCACAUCGCCAAAUCAGAUACCAGCCAGGCCCGAUGCAUUCCGAUUGCUCUGGCCUCUGAGCAGUACGGCAAUCAGUUCUGGACGAUCAUGCUUCACACCAUAAACCCUGGCACUCAGUUGACGCCCAGGGCCGCCGCGCUGCUCGCCGCACUCACAAUCCGCCUGGGUAUCCCAUUUCUCGCUGAUGUCGCUGAACGCGAGCUGCUCAGUUACAAUGACAAAUGGAACAACAUUGAAGUGCCUGAGACAUUCGCAAGCAGCUGCAUGGGUCUUCUGCUUGACGCCAAUUCCGCACACCAGAAUGCUCACAAAGAUGAAACUGCAUGCCAGACCAGCCUCCUCAACGAGUCCGAUCGAAUGCUAUUCGAGCGCUUGAUCGCCUUCAAAACACUUGAACACAACCUCGAUGCUCCUCUAACAGCUCGCAUCCCUUGGAAGCCCAACAAAGACGUCGUUCCUAUGGGCGCUGUAGUGACCUGUCGAUCAUGCCAGUAUCCUAGGUCAGUGACGCUCAUGGGCCCCAAUAGCCAAUGUGGUGUCUGUCUUGGGGCAUUGCUUAGCAAGUCGAAAAGCACUGAUAUCGGAGUAUCCUAUGCGGACAACGCCCAGUCAAAGAUGUCUUGGGUGGAAUGCAGAGUCCCUUCAUGCAGAGCGCAGUAUGUGGUAUACGAUGUUGCAGGGCUGAUCAAUCGUCCAAAGUGUCACUACUGCAGGUUGAAAGCCACUGGAGUUUCGCUGACCGCGCCGGUGGUCGAGUGCAACAAGUGUACGAACAGGAUAAUCUGGCCAGAGGAAUAUCGGCCGUCCACAUUCGAUGCAUCGCAGUUCGUUUGCACCGCAUGCGAGUCCGGACGCCAAACAACUGAAGACUUCGAAACAUCAGCCAAGGCCCUUAGCGUCGAGAACGGCAUGUCAUGGCUAGCAGAGGACUCCGAUAAGCCGGGCGAGUCCCCCUUCACCAACCGUUCCCCAUUCCACAUAGUAUCAACAAUGGGCACGGACGGCUUCAUGCGCCGUAUCUCGCUCUUCCCUGCGCAGGAUGUGCCCCUAACACAGCGUGGAAAGCAAGUCCGCAACACGAACCACCUAAUUUCAACCCUGAAACACUUUGUCAACCGCCGGAAGUCGGCGAGGGUGCAUUGCUCUCUGUGCUUCGACUCCUUCUGGCCCUCCGCCUUGAAUCCCGCCUGCGGUCGUAGAGGGUGCCUACAGCGAAUCUGCACAACCUGCUCAGGUUCAUGGUACGGCGGCAAUGACCCGGGCUCAAUCAUCAACCCUGCUACCCUGGCUUGUCCAUUCUGUCGAAGGUUCCCGGCCCCGCAGACCCUAGCGAAAUACGGUAAAGGGAUUCAUACGGUGAAAGACUUGAAUAUGGCUAUCCAAAACCACGGAACUUGGAUUUAUGCAUGGUGCGUCGGCUGCUCCACGGCGAAGCAGUUCCUGGAAAGGGAUUGUGCAAGGGGGACACCGCCGACUUUGCAGGACUGGACGUGCGAGGAGUGCCAGGAGCAGGCGCAGCUAGCUCGAGUUGAUACAAAUACUGAACGCGAUACUGCUCAAAUCAAGAAGAUAAAGCCGUGUCCGACGUGCGGGACUAUGACCGAGAAGAUCGCAGGGUGUGGUCAUAUCACUUGUCCUGUUGAGGGGUGCGGUACUUGCUGGUGUUACUUCUGUGGGGAGAAGGUUCCUGAGAACAGGAUUUAUGACCAUAUGGCGAACGACCAUGGUGGGAUUUUUGAGCAUGGUGAGUUGGGGGAUUACUCGGGGGAUGAGUUUGAUGAGUUCAAUGAUGAUGAUGAUGGCGACGAUGAUGUGAUGGCUGAUUGA